AGGAGACUUCCCCAUCAACCUCAAGCCCAGCAUUGUGUAGUGAAGGAAAAUGGAGCUUGCAGAUCUCUUGAAAUUUGUCUUCAUGGAAAUCAAUGGAACAACAGUAACAGUGGCUCUGCUGGUGAUCCUCCUAGUGUUACUCUAUUGGUACUCCACCUCUUCGUUCUCCAGGCUGGAGAGGGUGGGUAUCAGGCAUCCUGCACCUUUGCCUUUCGUCGGAAACCUGCUGUUCUUUCGCCAGGGCUUUUGGGAAAACCAUACAAAACUGAUCACGGAGUAUGGACCUGUUUGUGGAUACUACAUCGGUCGGCGAAUGUACGUGUUGGUGUCCGAGCCAGAGAUGAUCAAACAUAUCUUAGUGAAGGACUUCAGCAACUUCACCAACAGAAUGACACCAGGCUUGGUUACCAAGCCAGUAAUUGACAGCAUUCUUUGUCUGCGGGAUCAGAGGUGGAAAGAAGUCCGGAGCAUACUGACCCCGGCCUUCAGCGCUGCAAAAAUGAAAGAGAUGACUCCACUAAUAAACCAAGCAUGUGAUGUCCUGCUGAGUAACUUGAAGGUGUAUGCAGAUUCUGGCAAGGCUUUUGAUAUCCAAAGGAGUUACGGCUGCUUCACCUUGGAUGUCGUCGCUAGCGUGGCUUUCGGUACCCACGUGGAUUCUCAGAAGAAUCCUGAUGAUACCUUUGUUAAGAACUGCAAAAAAUUCUUUGAAUUUUCAAUGCUUAGGCCCAUCCUAAUUCUAAGUAUUGCAUUUCCAUUCAUAAUGAUCCCACUGUCCCGGAUUUUGCCAAACAAGAGUCGUGAUGAGAUGAAUGGAUUUUUUAUCAAAGCCAUUAAGAAUAUGAUUGCCUUGAGAGACCAACAAGAUGCAAACGAGAGGCGCAGAGAUUUCCUCCAGUUGAUACUCGAUGCCCGCAGCUCUACUAACUACAUCGGUGAGGAGUACUUUGACAUAGUCAACCAAGCUGAUGUUUCCAUUCAGGACCAUAAGCCUCCUGUUGACAAGGCCCUGCCUAAAAAGGUUCAGAAGACAUUGUCUGAGGAUGAGAUAGUAGGCCAAGCCUUCAUCUUCCUGAUUGGUGGGUAUGAGACCACCACCAAUGCCCUCUCCUUCGCCACCUACUUAUUAGCCACCAACCCGGAGUGCCAGGAGAAACUGCUGCAGGAGAUAGAUGAGUUCUCUGGAAAACAUGAUGUCCCUGACUACCAAAAUGUCCAAGAGCUCCCUUACCUGGAUAUGGUGAUUGCAGAGACACUGCGCUUGUACCCACCUGCAUUCAGGUUUACUCGGGAGACAUUGAAGGACUGCGUAGUGAUGGGACAGCAUAUUCCAGCUGGCGCUGUAAUAGAAAUUGCAGUUGGACCUCUACAUUAUAACCCUGAGUUCUGGCCAGAACCUGAGAAAUUCAUCCCUGAGAGGUUCACAGCGGAGGCCAAACUGCAGCAGCAUCCCUUUGCAUACCUCCCGUUUGGGGCAGGACCUCGCAGCUGCAUUGGCAUGAGGAUGGCUUUGCUGGAGAUCAAGAUGACCCUGCUCCGGAUCUUGCAGAAGUUCAGAUUUGAAACCAGUCCCGAGACCCAGAUUCCUUUGCCGUUGACAUCUUUAUCGUCAUUAGCACCAAAAAACGGAGUCUAUGUUAAGAUAGUACCUCGAUAGAGCAAAAACCCCAUUCUGAAAGCCUCCAAGGAGGUGAUCCAUUGCUCAGUGGCUCACUGAUAGAUUGGGGGUAACAUUUUCAAAAGUACUUAAGUGAUUUGAGAGCCUAAAUCUCAUUGAAAGUCAAUGGGACUUUAAAUGUGUGGGCCAAAAUCCUGCUGACUUUCAGUGAGA